GGGCGGCGGCGGCGGCGGUGGCGGCUCCGGGCGCCCGGAACCAGCCCAGUCCGAGCUCGCGCACCGUUCUCCGCGGUGCAGCCCCGCCCAGCCGGGCAGUGCCGCCCUUGCAGCCGCCGCUUGCCGUGACCUUGGCCUCGGGCCGGUCCCGGGGAGCGGGGUGGGCUUCUGAGGGUGGUCGCGGGGCAGCAGCGGACCCCCCCAGCCCACUGGCCGUGGCGGUCGCGGGUGUCCGUUCUCAGAGCGCCUUUCCCAGGCACCCGGUGAAGGCAGCUGUCGUCGUCCCCAUUCUGCAGAUGGGAAACUGAGGCCCGGAGGUCCCGCCACUCGGGAGCGUGGAGCAGCCGGACCCCAGCGCAGCACUGCCGGGCAGACGCGCUCUGCGCCGAGCUCCCGGCGAUCGGGCCCGCUCCCCCGCGGCUGGGAACCGAGGGGCGGAGAUGCUUCCCCCGGGCCGCUGGCAGGAGUGCCCCCUCCCCCUUCAGCCUGGAGCUCAGAGUUGUCCCAGGUGUGACACCUUCAGCAGGUCUCAGGGAAGAUGGCAGCCCCAGGGGACAUUCCAGAGUCCCCCUCUGUCCCAUCCCCUGUCAGUCUUUCAUCACCAGGGACACCGGGAACCCAGCACCACGAGCCUCGACUUCUCCUCCGUGGGCAUCAACAUGGAGGCCUGGCCUACAGCCCCAUGGCCCAACCCAGCACCUGAGCUGCUGACAGCAGGGGCAAGGCCCCACAUAGGUCAGGCCUGGAGAGCCGGUGCCUGGCCCAGGAACAGGGGCAGCCUGGCACAAGGCUCUCCCUCUUGGGGAGUUGGGGUCCUGGUGGCUGAAGGGACCGCUGAGGCUUGUGGAGAGCAGCUGCGCUGCAUGGGGCCCUCAGGCCCCCCAGGCUCCAGCCCUGAGGUGCUCUCCCAGCCAUCUGACCUGGAUCUCCAAGACAUAGAGGAAGUGGAGAUGGGCAGAGACACCUUCUGGCCCGACUCCGAGCCAGAGCCGGCCCCACGCUGUCCCGGCCCGCGGGCCCCUGACUCGGGGACGGGCGGAGCGCUGCGCAGCCUCCUGAGGAGCCUUCCCCGCAGGGCCCGGUGCGGCGCAGGCCUCGAGCCCGAGUCCAGCGCGGAGCGGCCGGCGGGCCAGACCCCCGGGGCCGUCCCCUGCCCCCAGCCGCGGGGCGCCUGGCGCGUGACGCUCGUGCCACAGGCAGCAGCCGGGCCCGAGGACACACCGGAGCGGGCCGCCGAGCUGGGAGUCACCUUCGGCCGGAGCCGGCAGGGCGGCGCGCGGGGGGCCAAGCCGCACAGGUGCGACGCCUGCGGCAAGAGCUUCAAGUACAACUCGCUGCUGCUGAAGCACCAGCGCAUCCACACGGGCGAGAAGCCCUACGCCUGCCACGAGUGCGGCAAGCGCUUCCGCGGCUGGUCCGGCUUCAUCCAGCACCACCGCAUCCACACGGGCGAGAAGCCCUACGAGUGCGGCCAGUGCGGCCGCGCCUUCAGCCACAGCUCGCACUUCACGCAGCACCUGCGCAUCCACAACGGCGAGAAGCCCUACAAGUGCGGGGAGUGCGGCCAGGCCUUCAGCCAGAGCUCCAACCUGGUGCGCCACCAGCGGCUGCACACGGGCGAGAAGCCCUACGCCUGCAGCCAGUGCGGCAAGGCCUUCAUCUGGAGUUCCGUGCUCAUCGAGCACCAGCGCAUCCACACGGGCGAGAAGCCCUACGAGUGUGCCGACUGCGGCAAGGCCUUCCGCGGCCGCUCGCACUUCUUCCGGCACCUGCGGACCCACACCGGCGAAAAGCCCUUCGCGUGCGGCGCCUGCGGCAAGGCCUUCGGCCAGAGCUCGCAGCUCAUCCAGCACCAGCGGGUGCACUACCGCGAGUAGCCGGGCGGGGGCUCGGGGCAAGGUCUCCUGCCUCCCCGCCUCCUCCGUGGGCACUGCCCAGCACCGCAUGCCGCGUGUCCAGAAUAAAUUCUUUUUGAUUGUUGGAA